UUUUAAAUAUUACUAUUCUAUAGCAAUGUCGAUCAAAUUAUUGUUGUUUGAAAAUUUUCUAUUAUUUUGUUUGAUAAUCAUUACAAUCAACAAUAUAAACAUAACUGAACAACAAUUUCAAACUAAAACAUUAAUAUAUAAAACAAUAUAUUUGGAUCUAUUAGAUGAUUGUCCAUAUCUUGAUUGUCAAACUGAAAUGGCUAAAGUAUGGCAAGUAAAAAUGAAAAAUUAUUAUACUGAAACAAAAACAUUUUGUUGUUUCGUAUUUAAAACAUUAGAAUGUGAAACAGAAAAUUUAUUAAAAUGUAAUCAAAAAAAAUAUGCAAAACGUAAUGAAGAUGAAACAUUAAAAUUAUUUAAUAAAUCCUGUGAACAAUGGUCGAAUAAAGAUGCUUGUAAAGAUCCACCAAAAUUAGACGAUGAAGAUGAAGAAAAAGAAGAAACCAUUUGGGAUAAGAUUCAUCAGUGGAUGCAUUAUUUUUCGCUUGUAAUGUUUGUUCUUGGAAUUAUUUGUACUCUCUAUGGAUUGGGUAAAAGUAAAAUUGAUCCGAAAAUCGCAAAAAUGUUGAAACCAGUAAAAAAUAGAUAUAAUAAAUGGAAAUAUAAUAGAUAUGUAAAAAAUUUUGAUAAAACAAUAUCAUCAGAUUCACCAAUUGAAGAUAUGAUUAUAAAGGGUCAAAAAAUUAAUUACGAUAAAGAAUAUUUAAAAUUAUUGAAUAGAAUUGAAAUAUCGGCAAUUAGAAUCGAUACAAAAAUAGAUCAGCCGAAUGUAUUUACACCGAGAUAUAUUGAUAGAAUGCUUGAACAUUAUGUAGAUAAACCGGGAGAAAUGGGUUUGCAAUUUAAUAUCCUUCAUGCAUUUAAAAAAUGAAUUUGAAUUUUUUUAAAAAAAAAACUACAAACUUUUGUUCAUUAAAAAAAAAAUACAUUUCAUUUAACAUUUUACAAUUCGCAUCUUUGAAUCAUCUAUGUUUUUUUUGUGUGUUCGAAUAACGAAUUCAUUCAAAAAGGAUUUGAUAAAAAAAAAUUCUAAGAAAAUUGUCUAAAAACUAUUUA